AUGCCCUUGCCCUGCCGCGUAAUCACUCCGAGCCAAUCUAAUCCUGCCCGAUCCGUCCACAACAAUGUCCCCACCAUGCUCCGCUUCCGCAUCGAACCUUGCUUGUGCUGGGUAUCUUGCCGAAUGAGGAGAAUACAGCCACUUUCGUUGUGCUGUCUGCCCAUCUUCGCCAUUAACGCCCCGAGAGAAUAA